AUGGCUACUGUCUCUGGAAAUGGGCCAUAUACAUCUCAGCCACCGCAACAAGGCAGUCAGCAUAACCAGCCAGGCACUUCUUCAUCGAUCCUUUCAUCCCUUCAUGGGACAGGCUCCGUAGUUUCUAUGGGUAUUUCCGGGCUAGGGCAUGGUACCACUGUACGAAAUGUGCCAACUAGCGCAGCAGGAUUAAGUGGCUCAACUACGUCAGCCGCGGUAUCAGCAGCAGAUCAAAAGAGAAAACGUAAACGUCGAGAAAUGCAGCCUGUUAACAAGAUUGUCGAGUCACCUGAUCCUCAUAUAGAUCAAUAUCUGUGGAAGAACAAUGGAAACACACUCAGAAGAAAGACUGGGUGUAAAAGUAUUUAUUACAAAUGUUCUAACAGCGCUGGAGGAUGCACGGUCAACAAAACUGUAAAGAAAAAGAAAGCGGCGGGUACAUUACAAAGUAAGAGGCGAACAUCUGGAGGACUGCAUCAAAUUCAAACGUGCUCAGAUGGCGGCCCAGGCGGCUCAGAAUGCAUACAGCCUCCAACGCGAGCAGUAGACUAA